GUUCAGCUUUAGCAUUCUCAGUGAGAAGAACAAUUAAUCUGCCUUAUAAUUUCUCUUCGGCUAUCCAGAGACGUGAAAAGCUCACCCAUGGCAACUGUUCCGUUGGUUUCUGCUGCUUUCAAAAGGCUUGAAGGGAAGGUUGCUCUGAUUACAGGUGGUGCGAGCGGCAUCGGCGAGGCCACGGCAAGACUCUUCUCUCAAAACGGAGCUAAAGUUGCUAUAGCUGACAUCCAAGACGAUCAAGGUCACGCUGUUUGUCAAGAUUUACACAAAUCAACUGCUUCCUAUGUUCAUUGCAACGUAACAAAUGAAAAGGACGUUGAGAACGCUGUGAACACAACUGUUUCCAAGUACGGUAAACUAGACAUCAUGUUUAACAACGCAGGCAUAACCGGUGUAAACAAUACCAACAUACUUGAAUACAAAUUAUUUGAAUUUCAACAAGUGAUUAACGUUAACUUGGUUGGUGUCUUUCUUGGAACAAAGCACGCUUCAAGAGUAAUGAUCCCUGCCCGACGAGGUAGCAUAAUUAACACAGCUAGUGUUGCUGGAAGCAUAUGUGGUGCGGCUUCACAUGGUUACACGAGCUCAAAACACGCUGUUGUGGGGCUGACGAGAAACUCAGCCGUCGAGCUUGGACGGUUUGGUAUUCGGGUGAAUUGUGUGUCGCCUUAUAUUGUUCUCAUUCCGAUGGCUAAGAAAUACUUAAAGUUAGAUGAUGAUGGGAUUCUAGGGGUUUAUUCUAACCUUAAGGGUACUAAUCUUAUGCCAAAUGAUGUGGCUGAAGCUAAUCUCUACUUGGGAAGUGAUGAAUCUAAGUAUGUUAGUGGUCACAAUCUUGUCGUUGAUGGAGGAUUUACGAAUGUAAACAAUGGAUUUUGUGUCUUUGGACAAUCUGUCUGAAGAUGUGUAUUUUGAUGUGUGUUUAUAUGAAAUUAUUACGGUGGUGGAUAAAAAUAAAUUGGACACGAAGUUAUCAUAAAAUAAUUUUCUCAUACACUUUGUUUAUCAGAAGACUUUUUGAGAUUAGUCAUAAAAAAAAGCCUAUUUAUAUUGGAUGUGA